GGGGGAUAUGAGUCGAGAUUUUAGUUUUCAGCUUGUUCGCAUAGUUGCGAUCGUGAUUUAGAAAAAUGAUUCACUUUCAAAUUUUAUAGAUGAAUUGAAUAUUGUGGAAUAAUAUUUACUUAAUCAUUCAAGAGUGACGAAGAAAGAAUGCAGCGUAUUAUUUCUCCACCAUUAAUGAAAAAAAAAAAAACAUGUCUAAUUUCUUGAGUGCACCGACUAGUGUGAUAUUUAUUUUGUUCCCAAUGUGAAAAUAAUACAACAUACUUAACCAAUCCAACUAUUAGGAGUUCCGCCACCGGGUGCUCUUAUAGGAUAAAUUAAAAAAAAAUCAAGAAUUGGGUUACUAAAGUUUUACAAUCGUGUUUUUCUUUGAAAUUAUCGACAAAAAUGCUGAAAAUUAAAAUAUACAUUGUUUUUGGGUUACUGCACACAAUGAGUUGUACAAAUGUCGUAACUCAAGAUUUGGACAAUAUUGAGUUUUCACCUGGUCCAACAUGGGCUCCUGUAUCUGCAGAGGAAAUUAAAGAAACAUUAACAAGGACAAAGAUAAUCCCUGACGCGCUAGAUAAAGCGCCUGACUAUAAUGCAAAUAUGUGCCUUUCAGAUCAUGUGGUACGAUUUACCUAUGGGAUUUGGAAGAACUUUAGUUCCAUAUGAAGUAAUUUACUUUCCUUCAUGGUUUCAAUGGCCUCAUGACAAAGAAAAGCUUUACACAUUUGUAAUGACAGAUCUUGACUACCCAACCAAGAAAACUCCCAACGGGCGGGAGUUCCUGAUAUGGCUGAUAGGUAAUAUCCCUGGAAAUGAGGGGUUGGCUGGCAAGAAGUGUGUUGAAUACGUUGGAUGGCAAGAGGCUUUUAAGCAGGAUCCAGAUUUUCAUAGAUAUGUCGUGACAGUUUUUGAACAACCCCAGAAACUUCCAAUAGAUUUCAAUUCAAUGAAAUAUUUAAAAUCAGAAUCAGCGAUUCAAAAUAGGACAAAAUUUUCAACCCGAAAAUUUGCGACCACAUUUAAGUUAGGAGAUCCUAUCGCCGUAGAUUUUGCGUUUGUUAAUGUUUCAGGACCGACAGAGUGAGCAUCACUACGUAGCGCUACAUGAAUAAAUACAGAAAUGCCCAUAAAGACAUCUCGACUUAAUGCACCUGAGAUAAAUCAAAUGGUUGCGAGAAAGCAGCUUGGUCAUUUCAUCAUCUGGUCUAAAAUAUUGAGACAUUUCAUGUUCCAAGACUUUAACGUGCACGUUGAAAAUAUGAAGCAUGAGGAAGGAAGCAUACACAUUUGUAUGAAUGUAACAGCCCACUUGGAGCUUGAGGCACAAGAAACGCCUUCAUUUAUUCAUGACACGCAAAUAUCCUUUGGAGCAGGUUAACUUGCAAUUAGGCGCUACUAUUGACAAGCAGUGAAAAGUAUUCAAUAUUGAGGCUGUGUCGUGCAGUUACACAGUGUAACUGACACUUCGUAGUAAAAAAAACUAACUUUUGAGACCUUUUCACCGCAUUUGAAUUUUACACGUUGCCUAAUUUUUUUCUCGAAUGGUACAUUCUUAAACAAAAACUGAGGAACAUAAUGCCAUUCAUUUUCGAAGAGCCCCCGUAGGCUGUAAAGCAUUUACUCAUAAAAUGGCAAAAGACAAGAAAUUGCUUAAAUUCAUGUCAAGAAUUAUAAAAAAAAAAAAAAACAUGAGAGGCUACUAGGCAACGUGUUGCACGAAGUUAUUGUAAUUUUUAGUUUAUACCGUUAGUUUAUUGUGUGACUUUAACAAUUUGAGUCCUUUGAUUAACUUUAUUGCUUAAAGUUUGCUUUUUUUAGAAUAUUUCGUUCCGCACUUAAAGUUGAAUGAAUAUUAAACUACUACUUUCUACAAA